CGGGUCAACAUGUCAACUGCGGAACGCAAAUUUCUUGUUGAAUUUAUUAAACUUUACGAGAGUAUGGAAUGUUUAUGGGACAAAAAUCAUCCACGUUAUAGAGAUAGAGAUGAAAAAAUGAGUGCUUAUCAAAUUUUGUUGAAGAAAUACAAGGAGUUUGAAAUGGGAGCUACACUUGUAGAAAUGAAGAAAAAACUUGAUAAUAUGAGGACAGCUUGCACUCGGGAAGUGAAAAAGGUAUUAAAAGCAAAGGCAUUUGGAGGGACACAUUUACCGAUACUGUGGUACUAUGAUCAUAUGCAAUUUCUGUACAAAGAUCUUCUUCCCCUUGAGUGCAGAUCGACAUAUAAACAAAGUAACACAUCAGUCGACACAGACCAUAUAUAUGAAGAAACGUCAACGAGUUGCAUAUCAUCAGAGCCUGAAAAUGAAGAACCUGUGGAGAAAAAACGCAAAUCCAUCCUCUCUAUCUUCUUACAAAACAAUGACGAAGACUUACACAAAGUGAACGAGUCUCUCAACGCCUCGGAAGCCCAGGACCUCGAUGAUAAUGAAGACCAGGAAUGUGAGCUGAUGGGCCGAAUGACCGGGAUCCAGUUGAAGAGUCUAGUGAAAAGGCAACGGAUGAUUGCACUGAAGCUAAUCUCUGAUGUUAUAUUUUAUGCCAAGUUAGACCAACUAACUGCUGAGUCUUCUAUAAAGUUAGAUUAGAUUAUAUUGUAGA